AUGGAGAGGGAAACAAAGAAGAGGAAGAUGGAGUGUGUUGAUGAACAAAAAAGACAGAAAGAAGAUGAAGAAGAAGAGAAGAUGCAGAAGUUCUUUGCUUUGCUGAGAAGUACAAAAGAAAUGCAUGAUCGUAUGAGAAGAAACCCAAAUGGAAUAUUUAAAGAGAGAGAGGAGAUCAAGAAAGUUGAAGAAGGGAAUAAGGUUAGUGUGGCUUGGAAACCAUCGUUUCAACCAGAAGAUUUCUUGGAGUAUGGCAAGGAUAGUAGUCUGGUAGCUGGUCCUUCCAAGAGUAAGGAUGAAGAAAAGAAGGAUGAGGGAGAAGAAGGCACAGACUUAGACCUAAAGCUUUCUUUGUAG